AACAGAAGUACUAAAAAGUGCCCAAAUCCGUUCGUGUCACUGAGGGUUGGUACACAUAACCUCAUCUGCUCCAACCGCCAUUUUACUGUGAUCCAAGAUGCUCCUUGGUGUAUAUAAGAGCAUGCGAUGCGAACAAACCUUGUGUUUACGUGUAGUUUGAUUAUGAGACUGUGGACAAAAAAAAGAAAUGCCUUGCUGCGUUGCGAUCAAUUGUGCCAAUAGAACAGAAAAAGGCGUUCGAUUAUUUUUGUUUCCUGCGGAUGAUGUUCGACGACAGCAAUGGAUAUAUAAUCUCUGCAGAGAGUCUUGGACACCAACCAAAUAUUCGCGCCUCUGUGAAGAACAUUUUGAAGAAUCACAGUUUGAGACGAAUCGAGCAGAUAAUUGGCGAAAAUUAAAACCAAACGCCAUACCAACACUUUUUGAUAUACCUGAUCCACUUGCAAUAAAGAAAAAUGAAACAAAUGAACCAAAUACAAGUGCCACUGCUGAGAAAGACAACUGUAGAGAUCAAGAAAAUGUUGAUGAGUCAAUUACAGAAAGCAGCAUUUUGCCGAUAUUGGCAGAAAAUCAGUCUCUGAAGCAGCAGUUGGAGAGAAUACACAAAAUAAUAAAAUGCUUUGCUCAUCAUCCAGCAGUUGCUGCAUACCUACAGAAAUAUAAUGUUAAAUAAUAUAAUCGGUAUUGAUAUACAAUCUUUUUAAUGCUGUGUGCAAUUGUAUUAAUUUUAUAUUUAUGACAUUUGGAACAAUCCAGUGUUUCUAUAGCAUUUUUUUCUGAUGGAUUGUAAAAAUUGUAAAUAUUAUUUUCUCUAAAUAAAAGACAUGUGUUAACUAUGA